UUCCACUACCUCUCGGACCAUACAUGAACCGAGUUUGACGUGUACAGGUUGCCGGUGAACAUAUUUCAUGUAUCAUCAUCAAUCUUUUCACGAGAAUUAACAAUGUUACGAAUAGCGUUUUUAAUUGUGAUAUGCAUUUUUUCUGGUGUACACGCGAGUCUUGAAACAGUGCAUGAUGAAGAACUCCUGAAUCUCAUAAAAACAGAAAAAUAUGUCGUCGCCCUGUUUACAAGAAAAGACUGUCCGGAAUGCGAAAAUUAUGAAAACGAAUUGAUUCAAUUGCGUGAAGAUUUGGUGGAUUCCUUAUCUGCAUGGAUCGUGAAGACUGUUGAUAGUCAAUUACUUCAAUUAUACAGUAUCGAUAAAGAACCAGCUCUAUUGUUCUUCCGACAUGGGAUUCCAUUGUUAUAUGAUGGACGUUUGAACGAUGAAGAAAUAUUAACUAUGUUUACGGAAAAUAAAGUACCCGCAGUAAAGGAACUUACGGAUGAUACAUUUGAGCAUUUAACUCAAGCGAGUAGCGGUGCUACAACUGGUGACUGGUUUGUUAUGUUUUAUAGCACAGAUUGCGCACGAUGCUUGCGUAUGAUCGCGAGAUGGGAGACAGUUGCUGCAAAGCUCAAGCAGAGGGUAAACGUAGCACUUAUUAAUAAAUCCACAACUGGGGUUUCCACAGCCAGGAGAUUUAAUGUUUAUAACACUCCGCAAUUUAUAUUCUUCAGACUUGGCAAGAUGUACCGGUACGAUACAGGAAGGUACGAUAUUAAUUCUCUUGUAUCAUUUGCCAAGGAAUGGUACAAAAAUGUAAAAGCAGAAAAAGUGCCUGUGCCUCAAAGUCCCUUUGAUGAUUUCACACAAAUGAUCGCAAACUUUCUUCGUGAUAAUCCAUGGAUACUUAAAUUAGGCAGUAUUUGUAUUGGGAUACUAGUUGUUAUUACAGCCGUAUCUAAAUUUAAGCAUAAACCAGAAACUCCACAGAAGAAAGAAAAAUAAGCUUAUUGCAUUUAAGUUGCCAAAGAAAUAUGGAUAUUUCUCCAUACCGAAUAUUGUCUACAUAUCUAAAAAUAGUGUUUGAUUGUACAUUACGUUAUUGUAACGUGUAAUGUUAAAUUUAAUAAUGCAAAACUUUACGAAUCUAUGUGUCUUCUUCAAGAUUUAAAUUACAAGUUUAAUGAAAUAAUUUAAAAAUUGCGAUUAUUUCAAUGAAGAUAUAAAUGAUAUUAUUGUAAAAUUAAGUGUAUUUAAUAUUUCUCAAAUUAUCUGAAGAUCGAUUAUGAAAGGCAAAUAUCCUGUUUAUAACAACCUAAUGUACAAACAUUUGUGUUAAUCCUGGCGCAGCAAAAAAUUGAUAAUUUUUUUUCUUAAGAUGUAUUUGAGUAAAUAUGUACGUAAUGUGGUACAGAGAACGUCUAUGCGAUGGUAGUCGACUUAAAAAAUGCAAAGCAAUGUUAUUAAAAUUGUUAAAGAACAAAAGCCAAGCUUUAUCGGGAAAAUAUUAUACAAUUAUUAUUGCGCACAAUGCAUUCCAUCAAUUAUAAAUGACAUUAUGUUCUGCUCUUUGAGAUUUUAUUACUGCUUUUUUCUUAGUUUUGUAUGAGCAAUUUGUAAAUAGAUCAUAUUUCAUUAAAAUAAAAAUUUAAAAAACA